UUUUCCCCAAUCAUGAAAUCCAGAUUCGUAAAAACAUUCAGCUUCUCCACCACUCUGAUUUAACCCCCGCCAAAAUAAAAUCCAAUUUCAUUUCCCUCCAUUUCCACCAAAUUUAAUCAAAUUUCAAAAAAUCCGCAUCCACACCAUCUUUAACAAUAAACAAAAAAUUAAAAAAAAUCAAAAUCCUCUCACGUUUUCAUUUCCAUGGCGGAACUCGAACCUCCCUCAUUCUCUCUCGGUCUCGAUCUUGACGACACUCCCCCACCUUCUCCACCAACCUCCCCCAUCCCCGACCCGGACCUCAUAGUCCCCGACUCUGACCUGGAAACCCGACCCGAUCCACCUUCUCGUACUCUCAAACGCCUCCGUCGAGGUCCUCCUCCCUCCUCCGUCCACCAAGAACCAGAAUCGCAACCUUCAUACUUCGACGUCGACGACGAUAUAGAGGAGUUCUCUUCACCAGAAAAACCAGUUCAAGGAUGUAGUAGCUCGGUUCAGAGUAAAUCUGUAUGUAGCAGCUCAAAAGUCUCACUGACAAGUGUUGGAGUUUUAACUCCUUGUUUAUUUACCAACUCUAGGGAGAAGAAAAGAAAACAUGCUUCUAGUCCUCUUCGCAGGUUUCAAUUGCUUGAUUCUGAGGAUGAUGAUUCUGAUGAUGAUAUGUUUAGCGAGGAGGAUGUUGGUGGUGUUGAUAAAGCUGGCCCCUCGUUGUCAGCCGGGUCAUUGGGUAAACAAAGCUCGGUUAGAAAGACACAAUUUGAUGUGAAUCAAAGGCAGGAUUUAUGGAAAGAUCUUUCUCCGGUGAAGAAUUUUUCCGUUCCUACACCUGCGUUCAAUGAGAUGUAUGAAGAGUACUUUAGUUCUGCCAAGAAUGUGGAAGUGCCAAGAUCAGGGAUUGGUAUAUUGGGAAAUCAGUAUGACAUGCAUCAUGGCGUUAAUUCUGGUUUGCAGCAGGAUGAACAAAUAUGGGAGGCUGCAGGUCCACUUCCUCCUGCUCAUCGUUAUUUUUUCAACGAGGAUCCGAGAAUUCAACAUUUGGUACGGAGUCGACUGUGUAAUUUUUCUCCAUUAGGUGUUAAUGGAGUGAAUCAGCAACAUAAUGUCUCUCACAUUGAUUACAUGGGACAAUUUGACAAUGGAGGAGCUUCUAAAACGCCAGGAGUUCAGAAAGGACGUGUUAAUGGCUCAACAAGCAGAAGGAGCAAGUCAAUAAAUUUGAAUCUUCAAGAAACUUUUAAUGCUUCUGAAGGUUGGGUGGAUCCCAAAAUUGUUUCUCCUCUCGGCAGUGGAACAUCUAGUAGAAAGAAAGCAACAAGGAGAAACACUAAGAGCAGUGUGUCAAAAAGAAAAAGUGAACAAAGCAUAUUAAACCCUUCAAAUGUUUCGGGAAGCUGGGUGGAACCCAAGAGCGGCACUAUGCCGAAAGAUGCAGGUAGAAGACGUGUCCAAGCAAGUGGUCAAUCUGCUGGUCAAUCUAGUGGUCAUUGGUUUACAGGAUCCGAUGGAAGAAAGGUUUAUGUCAGUAAAAAUGGACAAGAGAUGACUGGCCGAAGUGCUUACGUACAUUAUCGGAAGGAGAGUGGAACUGGAUUCAAGAAAUCCAAAAAGAAAACAAGUACCAAGAAGGCUACCAAGAAGGCAAAUGCCAAAAAGAGAAACUAAACAUUUGAUGCAACACAUUAUUCCCUGCCAGACGCACAUUAAAUUACUUUUUCACAGAAUCCGGUAAAUUACUUGUUGUUGAUCUUAUGGCCAGUAUUUCUCAGGAUGUUUGAUCGUGUUCAAUUGCCAUAAACUUCUGGAGUUGUUCUCGAUGGAGCAAUGAAGCACAUGUUUGGGGCUCUUGUUGCUUAUCCAGAUGGUUCUGUAAUAUGCAUCAAGAUCUAAGGUUUUGCCACCAUUAACUGCAGCUUUAAGAUAUUGCUUCACUUUUUAUUUUCACCCAGUAACCCUUGAUUCACCACAUGGUUACUUAGUGCUAUCCCAAUUUGUAAAUGAGACAAUGCUACAAAAAGAAGGAAACAAAUGGCUGAAGUUAGUAAAGAUAUUGAGAAUACCCUUC